CGUGGACAUUUUUCAGGAAAUGAAUUUUAAGAAAUGAGAAAUCGAGGAAGUUGAAGUGAAACGAGUCGGUGUGGGGAGCGUUAGAGAAUUAAGUUUAUUUUAACUGGUUUGAAUGAUUGACACGAGGUGACGCGGGAGACAACAUGUUAAUAAAGGAGUUCCGAAUCGUUCUGCCCAUUUCUGUCGAGGAGUACCAGGUGGGUCAGCUGUACUCGGUGGCAGAGGCCAGUAAGAAGGAAACGGGGGGAGGAGAAGGAGUGGAGGUUUUGAAAAAUGAACCCUACGAGAAGGAAGGAGAGAAAGGACAGUACACGCACAAGAUCUACCACCUGCAGAGUAAAGUGCCAUCAUUUGUACGGUUGCUGGCACCAUCAUCUGCCCUCAGUAUCCACGAGGAGGCCUGGAAUGCUUACCCAUACUGCCGCACAGGUACCAUCCACAGCAUGAAUAUACAACUAUAUCAAGCUAUGAGCUGCAUGGAUAUUUUAACUGGUGUUUGAUGAAUUCAGUGUUCA